CACGUUCAUUACAUGAGAUUAAAAAAAUUUCAAAAUCUCAGUGAAAAAAUGGUGUCGUUACCGAAAAAGUGCUGCUUUUACUGCGAAUUACAAACGGGCGGCGUAAUUUUAGGAUGGAUUGGCGUGGCAACUGCUGUAUUUUCCGUGAUCCUUGCCAUGAUCGGAAUUGCCUUUUUGCAGGAGCUGUCAGAAGCAUUAAACGAAUAUCCACACGAAAACAUCACAGAUCAUCAUCCUCCAUCAGUUUAUCCUCAUACAGUUGCUGGUUCCUUCCUUUUUGUGAUGUUAAUCAGCUUCAUAAUCCUGAAUCUCGUGGCUCUGGCGGCAUCAAUUUGUCUCAUCAUGGGCUCCAUCAAGAACAAACACAUGCUUCUGAUUCCGUGGAUGGUUAGCGAAAUGGGCAGUAUCAUAAUCCUCGCUCUCGGAUUUAUCGUGGAUCUCAUUAGCAUCGAUGUCGAAGGUGUGCCCGUGUCAGAAAAAGUUCUUGGAUUCGUUGCUACGCUGUCAGUACUUGUGCUCGAUAUUUAUUUGUGGUUGUGCAUUUAUGCGUUGUACAAGAAAAUCAAACAUGAAACCACGCAACCGAUGGAGAGUGAGAUGGUGACGAAUGAUCGGAUUAACGAUGGGUUGCCAGCUUACAAGAAUUUAGCUUACAGUUUAAUUUUUGGAUGUAUUGGCAUCAUAAGUUCUCUAACUUGGAUAAUAUUUUUGAGCUAUCCGAGAUUUUCAAGAUUUGAAUUUCCUUUCUUUGAAAUUUUCUACUAUCUGGAACAUCGUAUAAUUCCGCCUUACGUUUUAUUGACUUUGAUUCUCAUAUAUAACUUUACGGUCCUCUUUUCGUCAAUUUAUAUGAUCAAAGGAUAUCUUCAAAACGAUCAUUAUUGUUUAGUUCCACGAUUAUGGACUGACAUUGUUGGAAUUGUGACAUUAAUAUUGAUAUUUUGUGACAUUUUGGGUAAAGAUGUUCAUGGAGGAUUGCUCGAUAAAUUCGAAAAGAGCAUUUUGGUAUUUUUAUGUCUUGCAUUCGAUAUUUAUACGUGGAUUUGUAUUUAUAGUCUUUUCAACAAAAUUGAGGAUGAAAAGAUUCAAUAUGAGAAGUUCAAUGCAAUGGCAGAUAACAUCGGGCGAAAAUUGGUUGAUCUUCCUCCAAAAUAUGAAAUUGAAGUGCAGUGUAAAAAAGAAUUAAAAGAAGAUGAAGAUAAAAUUAAUUUACUAUUCAAAGGAUUAGUUUAA